AUGAGCUCCCCUGGUCCUCCUCAUAGCCCACGUCCCUCGUCCUCGCCGCCUCCGACCACCACUCCAUCCGCCGGCGGCGCUCGAGGCGGCGGUGACGGCAGUAGCGCUCGAGGCGGAGGUGGAGGCGACGGCGGCGAGGAGGGGGCUGCCGGAGAAGGGUCGGCUGGUGGAGGUGGUGGUCGCUGCUGGCCUGCUGCUGCAUACCCUCCCUUGCUCGCUUUCGAAAUCCCUCCUGUCACUGCCUCCCUCAACCCCAGCCUCAGCACCAACGUCAAUAACAUCAACAUCACCGACCCAGACGCCACGCCCACGCCUCCGCUUCGGGCGAUGGCGUCUGCGUCGUCCUCGCUGGAGAGCAACGGGUGCGAAUUACAGCAGUGGGUGGGCGUGAAUGGAGAGGUGGACGAGGAUGAGGCGGCGGAGAUAGGCGAGGGCGUUUGGGUGGGCAUGGACAGAGAUCGGGGUGGGCGAGGGCGAGGCGGCAUGGCGGAGGGCAAGAAAGGAUAA